AUGCUUAAUGAACAGACGAUUUUAGAAGCCUUUGAGCAGACGAUGGCGUCUAAUGCGGGAGUAAUUAAGGAAGCAGAACAACAACUUUUUGCCAUGCAAAGGGAAGUAGGUUUCACUAGUUUUCUGAUUUCAGCAACUAAGAACGAUCAGAUCCCCUUAAACAUUAGAUUGAGUUGUUCAAUUUAUCUGAAGAAUAAGAUUCAGAGGUGUUGGAAGUCCAAGAAGGAGGAUGGGAUCCCGGAGGCGGAAGAGAGGAAUAUUAAGGAACAGUUGGUGCAGGCUUUGAUUGAGAAUACAGAGAAUAGUCAUAUCAGGCCGCACCUUACGGAGGCUAUACGUGGGAUAUUGGUUCAUAACGAAAGCUGGGAUUUAGCGGAGGUUGUGCUUGAGUUGUUUAUGUCUGGGAAGAUGGAAUAUAUAUAUCCGGGGUUGCUUCUAGUGUUUGAGGUGACAAUUAAACAUCGGUACGCCAUGUCUGAGAACAGGGAAUACAUUGAUAAUUUUGUAGAAAAGGUGUUUCCUAGGAUGGAAGAGAUCGCUUCUCAGUUGUUGAACAAUGAUGACUACAGGUCUAAUGAGCUGUUGUAUUUAAUUUUGAAGUCGUUCAAAUAUGCAUGUUUGAAUAAUUUCCCUAGAUACUUCACUAAUGUGGAGAAGCUCAACUCAUGGAUCCAGCUUCAUUUGUUCCUUUGUUCGAAGCCGUUACCUAAGGAGAUAUUAGAGCUUGAUCCGGGUGAUAGGUCUUUGGACAAGAGGGUUAAAGUCAACAAAUGGGGAUUUGGUAAUCUAAACAAGUUUGUUCACAAAUAUACAAGAACGACCAAAUUCAUCACUGCGGAAUUUGUGCAAUAUGUUUUCCAGAAUAUUGUCCCUACAAUUUUGCGUGAGUACUUUAAGGUGAUUGAACUAUGGGGGAACUUGUCGUUGUGGCUAUGCGAUGCAUCACUAUACUACUUGAUCCAGUUCUUGGAAAAAUGUUUAAAAACGGAAGAAUUAUGGCCUUUGAUCGAGCCUCAUUUGGAAGUGAUUAUCAAACACGUAAUCUUCCCAUGUUUGUCUGCAUCAGAGCGCUCCGUUGAAUUGUUGGAGGAUGAUCCAGAGGAAUAUACAAGGCGUUAUUUCGAUAUGAAUAAGGAGGGGUCUACAGCAGAUGUCGCCUCUAGCGAAUUUAUAUUUGUAAUCGGCCAUUCAAGAUUCCUUGAAGUAAACAAAAUAUUGCCAUUAAUUCAUGAAGUAUUUAUAGAAUUUGCUUCCAAAGGUGAUUUGCAGUCUGCCUACAGGGAAGAAGGUGCACUAAGGUUGUUCUCGAAUUUAUCUUCCUUUUUGGCUGAGGCAGAUUCUCCUGUGUGCGAGGAAUUGGAGCCGAUAUUCCAACAUUUUAUCACACCGUUACUCAAUAAUGACAAAUAUCCAUUCUUAGUUGCCAGGGCAUUGGAAACAGUUGCCAUCUAUCAACAAGAGUUUAAGAAUAUGGAAAUUUUAUCCAAGAUAUUUGAGAUGUCAUAUUUGAAUUUGAUGCACAGCACAUCAAUCCCAGUUCAAAUAGAGGCGGCUGACGCUUUGAAAACUUUGGUGGUUUCUAACCCUUCUAUUCACAAACAUAUUGCUUCCCAGGUUCCUGGAAUUAUGGAAAAAUUAUUGAAGUUAUCUAAAGAAUUCGAAAUUGAUAUCCUAUCUGAGGUGAUGGAAGCUUUCGUGGAAAGAUUUUCUGACGUGUUGACACCAUUUGCCAACGAACUAGCCGCUACCCUAGCUGAACAGUUUCUAAAGCUAGGUCAAUCGCUAGUGGAAAACACCAGUGGUUAUUAUUCCACACAAGAUCAGGAUCAGGAAACACAAGCAAGUGCAAUGUUGCAAACUAUGACGACUAUGGUGAUGUCCAUGAAUAAGGUCUGCUUAGUAGAUAAGUUCGCUCCAGUUGUGAAGUUUAUCGUCCUUAACGCUCAAAUAUCAUUUUUGACAGAGACGGUAGACUUGGUGGAUUCUUUGGCUUUGUCCUCCAAAACUAUGUACAACACCUUCACGCCUACUAUUUGGGAAUUGUUUCAUGAUAUUUUAGACUCAUUCCAAACAUAUGCAUUGGAAUACUUUGAAUCGUAUCAGGUGUUUUUCGAAACAGUUGUCACACAUGGCUUCCCUCAAGAUCAAACGCUCGUGCAGCAGUUCUUGCAAGUCGUGAACCAGGUAUUAGACUCCGAGGAUGAUUUUGACAUUGAAAGUGCGUUCAAUGUGAUGAUAUCUUACGCUUUAUCAAUGAAAGAUAUUCCAUUGUACGAGAAAGCCUUCCGGGUUGCCCAGAAUCAAGAUUUAGAAUUAGACGAUGCUUCAGUUGUGAGGCUUUUCCUAGCUGGACUAUAUGCUAAACCAUUGGAAACUUUGCAAUUGGCCGAACAACAAGGAAUCACAUUGGGGUUAAUGAAGAAAUGGCUGGAUUGUAACUUCUACAGUGUAUACACGACCAAAUUACAGAUGGUAGCACUGAUGUCCUUAUUAAGGUUACCUGAAUUACCAGGCUGUAUCAAUGGCUUCGUAAGUCAACUAAGUACAAAGUUGGUUAAGAUGGCGGAAUAUCUUCCGGAGGCUAUUAGAAAGAGAGAUUGCAUGGCCAAGGGGGAAAUGGGUUCGGAUUCCUGCGACGAAAAUGGGACCGGGGAGUUCUUCGACGAACUCGAAGACGACUUCAAGGAAAGCUGCUUGGAUAACAUCAACUGUUUCCAGGAAUUCCACAACUUUUUCAGCAAACUACAAGAGCAAGAACGAGCAAAGUACCAACUGCUACUGAACUCCAUGGGCAAUGAUACCCGCGAAUCCUUCCGCAUCAUAAUGGAAUUCAUAUCUCAGACUCAAAAGCAGCCGUUAGCCUAG